CAAUCUGCCGUAUUAGCCACGAAGCUGCUGUAAAUUAUAAUAGGCUAUCGGUAACGAACUAUUAGUCUCGACACAUUUUAAGGUAUCGUAGUUGAAUGACUGAAUUACUUCAUUAGUUUGCCAAGUACAGGAAACGAAAUACUUAAACAACAUGAGUUCAACUGCCGUAUCUACUACAAAUGGAAUGGUGAAAGGUAAAGUUGUAAAUUUAGACGAAAAAGGCGGAAUUCCUGUACAUAUCUUUCGGAAUAUUCCUUUUGCUAAACCACCACUCGGGGAAUUAAGAUUCAUGCCUCCACAACCUGCUGAACCGUGGGAUGGAAUCAGAGAUGGCACGACUAGGGGUAAUUUAGCAAUGUAUGCAAAAGAGUUUGAUCAAAUAAUGAUGAAAAAUUGGCUCUUUAUGAAUCAAAAUGAUGUCGUCUCAAAACAUGACGAGGAUUGUUUACACCUGUCGGUAUAUACUCCAUCUACAAGUAGAGGACAAAAUCUUGCAGUCAUGUUUUGGAUUUAUGGAGGAGCUUUUAGCAUGGGUUCGGAACGUUUCUAUGAUGGUACAGUACUGGCGGGUAUGAAUAACGUUGUAGUCGUUGUUCCAAACUACAGAGUGGGAAUAUUUGGAUUUCUAUCACUCGGUCCAUCAUCUGCCUGCCCGGGUAAUGCUGGAUUAUUGGAUCAGCAGAUGGCGCUAAAAUGGAUUCAGGGAAAUAUCGAAAAUUUUGGCGGUGAUCGAAACAACGUGACGAUAUUUGGUGAAAGUGCGGGAGGGGUUUCUGUGAACAUUCAUAUACUAUCUCCUCUCUCGCAUGGUUUAUUCCAUAAAGCAAUCAGUCACAGUGGACAGGCAACUGCAAAAGCGAUUGUACAUUCUGAAGCUGAACAUGCAGAGACAAAUAAGAAAGGUCUGUCUUAUCUCAAAAUCGAACAAAUGGAUGCCGAUAAAACGCUUCAAGCGUUGCAAAACACUUCAGCCGAAGAAUUGAUCAACGCAUCAAUGCAGUUUACUGGGCAUGAAGCGUACCCCUUCGUGCCAACUGAAUAUGGCAAUGUGCUUCCAAAAACACCCGAGCAAUUCAUGGAAGAUAAGGACUUCCCUAAACUGCCAUACAUAAUUGGAUUUAACAACACUGAAGGUGAUGGAUUGCUAACGGCUAUGCUGUGUUCGAAAUACUCGGAAGGUCUCACUGAGGAUGAAUCAAGAAACGCAAUGCGUGUUACGAUGACUGAUGAUGGGUAUAAAAAAUGCAAAGAAUUUUACAUCAACGAUUCUGAGGACAAAAUGAGAUUCAGCAAAUUGUUUGGCAAAGUAUCAGCUGACGAAUUAUUUGCUACGAACGCAAUUCAGACAGCGUCCAGUUAUUCCUCUGCUGGUGUUCCGGUCUAUAUGUAUUACGGUACCUUCCGGUUGAAAAUGUUUCAUGAGACGCGUUAUGGACCAGAAGUUCCAAAAAAAGUAGAUUGGUGCGUUUGUGACCACGGUGAUGAUAUUUUUAUGACGUUUGGAAUGCCAUUCUCUUCUAAUCCAAUGUCAUUUGGUGCAAAAUUUUCAGAAGAAGAAAAGGAAAUCAGUUGUAAAUUCAUGACAUAUUUAACAAAUUUUGCCAAAACGGGAAAUCCAAAUGAAGGAAAUAAAGUUGGCACAAAAUGGCCACUUUAUGGACAAAAUAAAGAACACCUCAUUGUUGAUUCUUCGUUUACCGUUGGUGGAAAUUUUUAUGAAAAGGAAGUUGAGUUUUGGAUGAAUACCAUGCCACGUUACAUCAUAAAACACUAGGUUGACUAGAUACUAAAAAUCGCAUGAAUGGUUAGACACCACUUCUCAACGUUCUCUAUCUUUGUUGAUUAGCCUUUUUGUUUCGUAAAAAUAUAUUUGCGAUAUCGUAAAUAUGCGGUCUUAAAAAAAUAGUAUUUAGUUAUUAGAAUAAUCAACUCAUCAUGAUUGAAAUGUAU